AACCGACCCCGCCCUGGAGCUAUCCUUGGAUCAUGCCUCGAUACCACGAACGAGCUCCCCGGUCCUAGUUGCGAGAUAACAUACCUCUACACCUUGUUACCGUUCCAUGUCCCCGCCUCAGCAACAAUGGAUAUGAUGAAGGCGGCUAGCUCGCUCAUGCCGAAGAAGUUUCGCAGUGUUCGGGAGAAGAAUGGGCACCGUCGCAACAGAUCAUCCGAGUCUGGCGGCAAGGUUCGACCGCUAACUGCCGACUCGUGGCUUUCCAUUUUCAAGCCCGAUUCCACCAAACAAGCGCAGAGGGAAAAGGACGAAGUCGAAAAAGAAGCGGCGACGGUCGAGGACAUAGUUCGGCGCUUGGAGGAGCUCAAUUACCAUGCUGUCUCCAAAGACUUGGUCCGCGUCGCACUUCGCUCCCACUUCGCUGGGGGCAACGCCGACAAGGCCGUGGAGCUCCUGCAGUUCCAGCAGCAGGCCUUCUCGGGGAUAAUACAACCAUUCGAUCCGAACGUCGAAAUGCUCGGCGCUGAGAACAGGGGAAAUGUCACAUGCUAUCUGGACUCCUUGCUCUUCGCCAUGUUCGCCCACCUCACAGCCUUCGAAUCCAUGCUGAAGAAUGAUCUGGAAGGCGAGCCUCAAAGAAAGCUGGCCGCCUUACUGAGGUUAUGGGUCAACAUGCUCAGGGGUGGGAGGCUGAUUCACACCGAUAUGACGGAACACAUACAGCUAGCCCUGGCCGAAUGCGGUUGGAAAGACGCCGCGCUUCUCGAGCAGCAGGACACAUCCGAAGCCUUCGCCUUUAUUGCCGACGCGCUGCAGUUACCUCUUCUCGCCCUCCAGAUGGAUCUUUUCCAUCACGGGAAGGGGGAUAUAGAUGACCACAAGGUCGUCCACGAGCGGUGCCUUAAUCUCCCUAUCCCGCCUGACACAGACGGAAAGGGAAUAAAGCUCGAGGACUGCAUGGAAGCAUACUUCAACAACAAGGUCGACGUUCUUCGCGAUAGUCUCGAGGAAAAGAAAUCCAUCGAUAAGCCCGCCCUAAGUCCGGAGAGCACGAUUCGGAUGGUCCCCGAGGAUGGAGACGAAACACCACGUGCGGAAGAGGAAAACGCGCAGUUGCAACGGAGGUGGACAACACACGGAGGCAUCAUGCACUCCCCAACCUCCGUUUCAAGCCCCGAUCCCGCGCCAUCUGGUCCCCGGACAAGGUCUACCAGCAUCAUACAGCGAAUCGUGGUGAAUGAGAAGCAUUCUGGUGGGCCAUCUGUCGAUGCAGAAACAAGGAGCCUACUGCAACGAGCCAAGCGUACCGGCUCAACAGUAGUGAAGGCUGUCACCAUUCCGGCCUGGCAGUUCUACCGCUUAAUACCAUGGAAUGCUACCUCCAACAGCGCCCCAAGUAGCGACAUGGAGCUUGCUCGGCAUUUCAAUAAACGCCCUGUGGUGGCCAUUUGUCUAAAGAGGUAUACCAUGACAGAAAAUGGGGUCCCCAUCCGACAAAACACCUUUAUCGAUAUUCCUGACAGCCUUCGUCUCCCGCACUUCAUGGUCGUUGAUGGUUCCAAGGAAGAGGAACAAGAUUCGAACGGGUUGAGUCAGGGAUACAAGUUGGUUUUGCAGUCGGUCAUUUGCCACCGGGGUGAUUCGAUUCACAGCGGGCACUACGUUGCCUAUGCCCGGGUUGCGCCGAAACUGCUGACGGAUAACCGAAAACACGAUCACGAUCCGCCUCCGGAUUACGAAGAACCUCAAUGGGUGAGGUUUGAUGACCUAUCGAUCGAGAAGCGGGUCGAAACCGUGGACGAUAUCCAGGAGUGUCUGCGACGUCAGGAAGAAAUGCCCUAUGUAUUAAUCUACCAGAUCGUGCCGAUGGUAGACGUGACAACAACCACGUCAACCGACGGAUCCGUCACGGAGCCUCCAGGCUACGUCGAAUCAACACCAACCGUUCCCGGAACACCGAGCGUGGGAGCGGUGUCCGACGCCGGACAACUCUCAAAGUCGGCUAGUGGCUACUUUGACUCUACAACGGCCCUCGCCCAAAGUACACCACACAUUCGUCUCAGCGCCGACGUUGAACGGCGUCCACGAUUAAGUUUUGAAGACGACCUGCCCUCGCUCGCCAUUCAAACAGGAGGCAACUCGCGCCGUGGCAGCAUCACGUCCUCCGAACCUCCCCUCCGAACCAACCUUGCUGUUACCCCCGACGCCGUUUCGCCAGUCGUCACCCCCCAAGAAGAGAACAACGGUACCCGACGCUCGCGGACAGCGGCCAUGUUCAAGACGGCGGCAAGCAAGUCCCGGCCCACCAGCCAGGCCGGCGAGGGCCGGAUGAGCCUCACCAUAUCGCGAUUCGGAUUUGGCCGCCAGAGCAAGGAUGGCAACCCCAACGGCGGGGCAACGAACUCGGAGGCUUCGGCGAGCGAGCACGGCGGUCCCGCCGUUGAUGGGGAGGAAGCGAACGGUGGGAAGGAGCGGGACAAGGACCACCACCACAUGCUCCACGGCCACAAGAAGGACAGAGACCGGAGCAAGUCCAAGAGCAGGGACCGGGACGAGAAGAAGGAUAAGGGCAAGGGGAAGGCCAAGGACGCGGGCAAGGACAAAGCGGGCCUACCCGACCGCGAGUGUGUCGUAAUGUGACCUUGACUGCGGGCACAUGGGCGGCAGAUGGGGUUUGCAUCUGGGGGACUUGCGAUAUUCUCUUUUUCCUCGUGGAGUCUUAUUAAACCGACUGCGCGGGUUGCGGUCAACUGGCGCAUUCUUUGGUAUUUUGCUUGGGUUUUUGGGCAUGGCGUUGGUUGGUCUCGGACGGGGAUAGAGCCAAGUUUGGUUCGGCAGGCGAAAAGCGAAACGAGCAUGGGAUGGGAUAAAGGCU